AUGGGGCAGCCCAAACAGCCGGCGAAGCUCGCCAUGUUUAUAGCACUGCCGUUGCUUCUGCUGUGUUAUGAAAUAGGGAAUAUCCGUUGCUCAACUGUUCACGAGAACUGCGAAGAUUUUCAGGCAUUGGUCGAAUUCAAGCAAGGCAUCACCGAUCCAAAAGGAGUCUUGUACAAUUGGAACCCCGACACCCACUUCUGUCAGUGGAAUGGUGUGAACUGCAGCUCCGAGCGACCAUAUAGUGUCGUGUAUCUCAGCCUCACUGGCCAAAACUUAGGUGGUCAGAUCUCUUCCUCCAUUGGAAAUCUAACCUUCCUUGGUACGCUUGAUCUAUCCAAUAAUAGCUUCCAUGGCCCCAGACCUCCUCUUAACAAGCUCCAACACCUGACCACCCUUCAUCUAAAAAGCAACCAUUUGCAGGGUUUUAUUCCUGACACACUCACAAACUGUUCCAACCUAGCCGAUCUGGAUCUAUCCGGAAACAAUUUCACUGGUGUUAUUCCUCCUAGAAUCGGUUCUCUUACCAAUCUGGCAAGUAUCACCCUUGACAGUAAUUAUCUCACUGGGGGCAUCCCGGCAGCCCUCGGGAACAUCACCACUUUACAAGUAGUCAGUUUUACACAAAAUCGACUCAAUGGAAAAAUUCCCCACGAGGAGUUAUCCUUGACAUCCAAUAUGCUAGGUAACAAGUUACCAUCUAACAUUGGCGAUGCUCUGCCUAAUCUCACCAUUCUAUUCUUGGCAGACAACAAUUUCGAUGGUCAUAUUCCAGCUUCCCUAGGAAAUCCUAAAGGUCUAGAAAAUCUAGAUCUCUCCAGUAAUCAUUUCACUGGACAAAUCCCAAGCUCUAUUGGAAACCUUUCACAGUUGCAACUUCUAAGCCUCGAAGGAAACAUGCUUCAAUCAUCAACAUACAAUGAAGGCUGGGAAUUCCUCCAAGCCCUGGGAAAUUGUAGGUCUCUCUCAGUACUUUCGCUGUCUGAUAAUAAGCUACAGGGAUCCAUACCAAAUUCAAUUGCAAACCUACCCACAAAUCUUACGCGUCUGCUAAUGGGUGGAAACAGCCUAUCAGGAAUAGUCCCCCCAAGUAUUGGAAAACUGAGCGCCUUGAUUCAACUAUCGCUUGAUGAGAACAAUCUUACCGGUAAAAUUGAAGAAUGGGUUGGAAACUUGACAAAACUACAACAUUUAAAUCUCCAAUCAAACAGGUUCAAUGGGACAAUUCCACCUUCCAUUGGCCAUCUUACACAGUUGAUAUAUUUCUCUCUUGCUGAAAAUCAAUUUACCAGUAAUCUAAAGACCUUGAGCAUACUCAAUCUUUCCCACAACAAUUUGUCAGGUCUCCUUCCAGUUUAUCUAAAUGAUCUAGAGUCUCUAACAAAACUAGACCUAUCUUGCAAUAAUUUCCGAGGAGAAAUACCAGCAAAUGGCGUGUUCGAUAAUGCUACAAUUGUUUCACUUGAUGGAAAUCCAGGAUUGUGUGGAGGGGCAACGAAUUUGCAUAUGUCUUCAUGCCAUGUUGUUUAUAGAAGAGAAAAGGAAAUCAUAAACUAUAUGGUCAAAAUAUUGGUCCCAGUAUUUGGCUUCAUCUCACUCAUAAUGUUCAUUUAUAUUACAAUCCACGGGAAGAAGAUGCCAAGAAAGCAACACGUAAGUUUUCUUUCUUUUGGCAAGAAAUUCCCUAGAGUUUCUUACAAGGAUCUAGAGCAAGAUACAGGGAGGUUUUCAAAGUCCAACCUAAUUGGAAGAGGAAGCUAUGGCUCAGUAUACAAAGGGAAGUUAACUCAAGCUAAAAUAGAAGUUGCUAUUAAGGUUUUUGACCUUGAGAUCAGAUUUGCAGACAAAAGUUUUGUUUCAGAAGUUAACUCAACAGCGCUCAACCUCAUUUUGAUCUUAGGAUAA